CUAGCCCUUUUCGAAACCCAACCAACCAGCCACGUCCGCGGCUCGCGGCAGCCCAGCUGGCGGCGCCCUCAACGGCGCCAGCCUAGUCCGACGUUGGCCUCAUUGCGAUUCGCGCCAGUGGCGACCAAUGACACAACAACUUCCUCACGGUUCCUCUUGUUAUCCCAAGAACGGUUUUCAGCCCGAGGUGAUCGUCAGAGACACACCUCAGACCCUCAAAAACGCGGGUACCUGGAAAAAGGAAGCGCUAGAGGUUGCGGCGGUGCAACAUGA